AUGGGGCGUCUCCUUAUUGCAGAACAAUGGCUCUUCGAGCUUACCGCUUCGAUCCUAUGCAUAUCUUCUGUUGCUGAAGUAACUGAAUCAGGAGAAGUGUACGAAUCCGAGGUUGUAUCAGAGCCAGAA